CCUUUCAGGUCAUUAAAAGAAAAACUUUCAGUUUCAGAGAAGAAAAUUAAAAACUAUUUAAACUCGCUAUCUUUUUAUUUCUGUUUUUAAAUACUCGUAAUUUCUGAUUUCACUUCUCUUUUCUUAAAUUUUCUUAGACUUUUUGUCCUAAAGUUCCUCUUUCUGCACCACAGCUGAUCGUCCUGUCCACCUCCACCUCCUCUAUCCCAGCAUCCUCCUGUGUCACACCAACCCUCUGCAUGUCCUCCUUCACUACAUCCAUGAACCUCCCCUGAGCUCCUCCUCCUGCCUCCACCCUGUCUCCUCUGUAGAUGUCCAAACCAGGUCAGCCUCUCCGACCCUGAGCGGUCCCUCUGAUGGACUCGUCCUGCUCACUGCUAAUUAAUAUCUGAACACUUCCAACAACUACACUGAUCUGUCAUAUUCCAUCCUCUCUAACUCUUUUUGGAUAAAGUGUGUUACAUGUAAACAUCUGAGAGCUCCGGUCCAAACUGAAGAAGCACAAACGGUGCUGACACCCUCACAGCCGGGGGCGCUGUCUCCCAAACUGUCACGGUCUUUUCUGUGACCCACGGUCCCUGAAUGCAGCAUGGGUAGGGCCUUGCUCCUUCCUCGGUGUGACAGUUUCCGGUUUGUGAGCGCUGUGUGUGUUUGUGUGUAAACACUCCAAAGUUUUUAAAUAAACGUCACAAAAACUCUGAAAUCACAGCAGCUUCCGGGAUGAACGCGCUCAUGAGGAGGUGUUUCUGGCGGCGGGUGGUCACGUGGAGAGGUCUCCAUGUGGGGGCGCCACUGACGACCUUCGAUGUGAGGAAGGUGGAGCUGACGCCGCUGGAGCAGCGCAAACUGACGUUCGAUUCCCACGCCAUGGUCACAGAGCUGCAGAGCAGCGGUUUUGAGAAGAGCCAGGCGGAGCUGAUCGUCUCAGCUCUGGUCACUCUUGCCACGGCCAACAUGGACGUCGUUUACAAAGACAUGGUGACCAAAUCCCAUCAGGAGAUCGCCCUGCAGCAGAUCAUGGCUCACCUGGACUCCAUCAGGAAGGACAUGGUGAUCCUGGAGAAGAGCGAGUUCGCUAACCUGCGAUCCGAGAACACGAAAAUGAAGCGAGACCUGGAGCAGCUGCAGAACCGGCUGAAGGAGGAGAGCAAGAAAAUCCUGGCAGAAACCAAACUCGACAUCAACCUGGAGAGGAGCCGGAUCUCCGACAUGUUCACUGAGCAGGAGAAGAAGCUGAUGGAGGCCACGUCAGACUUUCAUCACAAGAGAGCCGAGCUGGAAAAUGACAACAUGGAGAUCAACAGGAAGCUGGACCUGCAGGUGGCCUCACUGAAGACGCUGCUGGAGUCCCUGAAACUGGAGACCAUCCGCUACCUGGCAGUGGCUUCUUCUUGCCAUUCUUCCAUAUCUCCACAUAGAUUUGUGGAAUCCAUGACUUCCAGUUGUCCUGUGGACAGACUCUCUCUGAGCUGUGGAUUUCUGCAGCUCCUCCAGAGUGACCGUGGGCCUCGUGGAAGCUUCUGUGACCAGUGCUCUCCGUGCUCGGUCUGUGUCUCGCCACCCUCUUCUCCUGCCUCGCCAUCGCUCUGGGAGUCUACCGCCUCUGGAAGUGAACGAGCCGUGACUCGUCUUCAUCCACCACACAAAGUAGUUCCAGAAGAAUAAAACUCAUAUUUCAUCUCUAGUACGACAGAGUAAAAAUACUCAGAAUCAGCAACAUGUACUCAGAGUAUCCAAAGUAAAAGAACUCAGUAUAUACAGCAUACUUUUUUAUAUACCAGAAAAGGACCAGCACAGAGUAAAAGUACUCUAAAAGUACCCGAGUUACCAGCUGAUAGUACUGUUACUGAGGUAGAACUUUAAAUGAGUACUUUUACGACGUAGUUUUCCUGCUUCAGCUCAGAGUACAUGUGUGGAUGGAAAUACUUGAGUACUCUUCUGAGUACAUGUUGAGUGUGCCUGCAGUGAACAGACUCAAACACUAGUUUAAAUGUUUUUUAUAACUUGUCUUUAAACACUUUUGUUAAUAAAGUUUUAAUUUUGAGUUCAGAAAUAUAAACUCUGAUAUUUCUGGAGCCGCAGAAACAAAAACCAUCAGAGUGAGUUUGUGUUGAUCUGCUCUGAGGUCUGAAUAAAGCCUGGAAGAAAAA